CAGACACGAACCGCCCCUCUACAAGUGCCUUGCGCGCUCUAUCAUCUCUAAUAUCUUUACUGCUCUCUUGAAAGCAAGAAGCACUUGUGCUUUUUCUUUAGCUUUUUCUCCCCUCAGGAUCAGUCUUGCAUUUAUCUCGGUCGUGUCUGGCGUGUAGUCCACUGGCGCGUCAAUUGAUCACGCCCUGAAUUUGACUCGACCUGCCUCACAAUUCAGCUGACGUUGCCCAGCAUGCCCGACGUCAAGAGAUCCAUCAAGAUCAUCACUGAGCAGAAGAUUAUGUAUGUCGAGCCGUUAGCCGGUCGAUCUAUCUUACUCCGCCAGCAAUUCCCCGGUUCAGACUCUUCCCUUCGAGACAAUCUCUUAUUACCUCGAGAGCGCAUAUACCGUACCAAGGCUGACUCAUUGGCUACAGUCCUGGCGCCGACAGCGGAGUUGCUGGAUUUCCCUUGAGGCACUGGACUAUGAGAGUGGUCCUGCUACAUGCAGACACGAAGCAAGAGAUCGAUGCAGACAUAUUCGAGUCUGUUACAUACGUCCUUCACGAGUCAUUCGGCGACAAGGCUAGACAAGUCUUCAAGAAACCACCGUUCCGUGUCUCCGAAGAUGGAUGGGGUGAAUUCGAGCUCAUGAUCGAAUUGAAAGAUUUGGCUGGUAAGCUUCACAAUAUCGUUCAUGAUCUGAACUUCAACAACGCUCGUUAUGAAACGAAGCAAAUCAUCACCUUCAAGAACCCUAAAGGCGCCCUCCUCGAAGCACUUCGCAACUCUGGACCAAUUCCAGGUGAAGCUGCCACCAAUGGUGCCGAUGCCAGCAGCAAAAAGCGAAGCAGUGAGAUCGGUGCUGGCAGUACUCAGAAGAAGAAGAAGGGUGGGGAUGGCAAGGCCAUCGACAUGGACAAAUUGGCCGAAGGUCUGCAGAAACUAGGCGAGGAUGAUCUUCUCCAGGUUGUCCAGAUGGUGCAUGACAACAAGAGCGAGGACUCAUGGAUGCGUAACGACGUUGAGCAGGGCGAAUUCCACGUCGAUCUGUAUACCCUCCCAGAGAAUCUUAUCAAGAUGCUUUGGGAUUUCACAACCGAGAAGAACGCCAUCUCGGCGUCUGCAUAGAAGGCAGCUCCGCUAGGACGGAUCAGGCCCGAAUCCCUUCGCAGACGCUUCCGAUAUGUCCAACCGUGAUGACUACCAUGGGUGGCGUGCUCCUUGUGUAACACUACUUCCUUCACCUGCCUCACCACCACCUAUUCGCUCAAUUUAUGUCUCGUUCCCGGAGCACCCAGCAUCGGACUCGGCCAAGUGCCGUCCGUACAACUUGACACCGGACCAUUCUGCGUAUUUUCGAUUUUCAACUUUGCAAAAUGAUGCCAACAUAUUAUGAGCGGGAAAGGAAUCUUUUUCAAUUGCGGGAUUCCAGGAUCGGUGUUUCAUCAUGAAUGCUGAUGAUCGCUCGUAUUGGAGGACAUCCCUGCCAGUAAACAGCAAAGAGCAUUCAUUGGGAUUACAUGGGUGGAACGGAGCAUGGGCUAGUAGGGGAGAUAGACGACGCUGGUAACCUUUUGUAUGUUCAGUAUCUGGAGGGACGGUUUUACGAGACGAGAUGAUGGGCCAGAGCAAGAGGGUCACCACAAACGACGAGACCGCACUGCACUGCCGUACCAGCCAGCAAAAGUCUGGCUCGCGUUGCGUCGCAAUGGCAUCGCGGAACGAGUUCAAAACCAAAAGCACAGAAAUGACAGUCUUGUCAAGCAGUAGUUGAAUGUU